UGAUCAAGUGUUGAAGGCUCUUCCACUUUUCAGGCAAACAUCUUUGCCACCACCACGACACCUUGAAUUCCGCUCUCCUCGGACACUUGGACACAGCAUUUUCAUACAGCAUUCACAAUGUCGCUCUUCCGUGCUGGUCUUCCUCGGGCAGUGCCCUCUUCAUCGCGCAUGGCUCUGCGAGCAGCCGCGCCCAUCGUUCCUCGCCGCAACAUCACCUCUUUCGAGUCGAGCACCAGCGGUCCCAGCUUUGGACUAACUGAGGACCAAGAAGCGUAUCUUGAGCUUGCUCGCCGCUUCACUCAGGACGAGAUCAUUCCCGUGGCCAGGCAUCAUGACGAGACCAUGGAGUACCCAUGGGAGGUCAUCAAGAAGGCACACGCUGCCGGUCUCGUGAACACGCACAUUCCUGAGAAGUUUGGCGGCUUGGGUCUCGGUGUGCUUCCGGGAGCUUUGAUUUCUGAGCAGCUCGCGUACGGCUGCUCUGGUAUCCAGACUGCGAUUGAGGCCAACGGAUUGGCCGAAGCGCCUCUGCUCGUCUCUGCGAGCGAGGAGACCAAAGCUAAGUACCUGGGCAGGAUGACAGAGGAGCCCCUUGUUGCGGCAUACUGCGUCACCGAGCCCGGGGCAGGAUCAGAUGUGGCAAACAUCAGCACUCGCGCCGAAAAGAAGGGCGACAAGUGGAUCCUCAAUGGGACCAAGAUGUGGAUCACUAACGGGGGCCACGCAAACUGGUACUUCGUCUUGGCCAAGACUGACCCCAACUCCACUGGAUCAAAGGCACUGACCGGCUUUGUAGUGGACGGAGACUCUGCGGGCAUCACGAAAGGCAAGAAGGAAGUCAACAUGGGCCAGCGUUGUUCCGACACUCGCAUGAUCACUUUUGAGGACGUCGAGGUCCCUGAGGAGAACGUGCUUGGCAAGCCAGGAGAUGGUUUCAAGACAGCUAUGGGUGCUUUCGACAUCACGCGCCCCUUGAUCGCCGCUGCAGCCACUGGUCUGGCUCAACGUGCCUUGACCGAAGCAGCCACUUGGGCUCACGAGCGCAAGACGAUGGGCAAGCCCAUCAUCCAGCACCAAGCCAUCGCCUUCAUCCUUGCUGACAUGGCGAUGGAUGUCGAGUCCAGCCGCAACCUGACAUGGAAGUCUGCGUGGAUGAAAGACAGUGGCAAGAGAAACAGCUACUACGCGUCUAUCGCCAAGUGCAUGGCUUCUCGUGCCGCCGUCUCAAAUGCCAACCUUGCGGUCCAAGUCUUUGGUGGUAUGGGCUUCAACACGGAGUCUCCGGUCGAGAAGCUGUACAGAGAUGCGAAGAUCUACGAGAUCUACGAGGGAACCUCUCAAAUUCAACGCUUGAUUGUCAGCAGAUUCGUGGAGGACGCAUACAAGCCUUAGAAAGCCUUGUCGAAUCCCCGUAAUCAGUCAUUGUAGAUUCGUA